CUCAACGUCUCCUCCAGUCCUUCGAAAACCCUGAAACCUUGGUGAAGCCGAGACGAGCAAUCAUCCAAGCAGCUAGUGCUUAGCAUCUAUGGCGACCUCCGUUCGUGGUUUCAGUAGCGCCCUCAGGGAUGUGCCGGGCAGCUACGGCCUUCCGCUGGUGGGCGCCGUCCGCGACCGCCUCGACUUCUACUACUUCCAGGGCCAGGACAAGUACUUCGAGUCCCGCGUCGAGCGCUACGGCUCCACCGUGGUGCGCAUGAACGUCCCGCCGGGCCCCUUCAUGGCGCGCGACCCGCGGGUGGUGGCGGUCCUGGACGCCAAGAGCUUCCCCGUCCUCUUCGACAUGGACAAGGUGGAGAAGAGGGACCUGUUCACGGGCACCUACAUGCCCUCCACCUCCCUCACCGGCGGCCACCGCGUCUGCGCCUACCUCGACCCCUCCGAGCCCACCCACGCCAAGGUGAAGCAGCUGCUCUUCUCCCUCCUGCUCUCCCGCAAGGACGACGUCAUCCCCGUCUUCCGCUCCAACUUCUCCUCGCUGCUCGCCACCGUCGAGUCGGACCUCGCCGAGGGCGGCAAGGCCGAGUUCAACAAGCUCAACGACGUCACCUCCUUCGACUUCAUCGGCGAGGCCUACUUCGGCGUGCGCCCCUCGGCGACGGACCUCGGCAAGGGCGGGCCCACCAAGGCGGCCAAGUGGCUCAUCUGGCAGCUCCACCCGCUCCUCACGCUCGGCCUCCCCAUGGUCCUCGAGGAGCCGCUGCUCCACACGUUCCACCUCCCGCCCUUCUUCGUCAAGGGCGACUACGGGGCGCUGUACAAGUACUUCUCCACGGUGGCGAAGCAGGCGCUGGACACCGCCGAGGGCCUGGGCCUGUCGCGCGAGGAGGCCUGCCACAACCUCCUCUUCGCCACCACCUUCAACAGCUACGGCGGCCUCAAGGUGCUGUUCCCGGGCAUCCUGGCCAACGUCGCCAGCGCCGGCGAGAAGCUCCACGAGCGGCUGGUGGCUGAGAUUCGAGGCGCCGUGGCCGAGGCCGGCGGCAAGGUCACCCUCGCGGCGGUGGAGAAGAUGGAGCUGGCCAAGUCGGUCGUGUGGGAGUCGCUGCGCCUGGACCCGCCCGUCAAGUUCCAGUACGGCCACGCCAAGAAAGACCUGCAGGUCCAGAGCCACGACGCCGUGUUCCAGGUGAAGAAGGGCGAGAUGCUGUUCGGCUACCAGCCGUGCGCCACCAAGGACCCCCGCGUGUUCGGCGCCACGGCCAAGGAGUUCGUGCCCGGCCGGUUCCUCGGCGAGGAGGGCAGCAAGCUGCUGCAGUACGUCUACUGGUCCAACGGCCGCGAGACCGAGAACCCCACCGUCGACAACAAGCAGUGCCCCGGCAAGAACUUUGUGGUGCUCGUUGGCAGGCUCUUCCUCGUCGAGCUCUUCCUCCGUUACGACACCUUCACCGCCGACAUCGGCAAGGACCUGCUCGGCAGCAGUGUCGUCUUCACCAGCGUCACCAAAGCUACCUCCGGUCCGGGCAGCGAGUGAACCACCCGGCGUGUCGUCAUUGGCUGCGGAUGGAUAUAUGUUUGGACGUGAGUACGUGACAGGGUCCCAUUUCUUAGUUUCGUCCCUUUAAUAAGAUACUAGGUAAGUGCUCUUGUAUUGCAACUUAUGUAUAAAUAUGUAUUAUAUUGUACGAGAAAAUGUUUUGU